UGAGAUCCUCAUUUCCCCCCUCUGCCCCUCUGCUCGCUCCUCGCUCCCCGCUUCGUUUUCUCCUGGUCUUUUUCCCCCUCCCCCCCUCCCCUGUGUCUGGCAUCUGUCUCGGCCUGCUGGUCUUGUCUUUGCCUCUCUUUCUGCCUCUCUUUCUGCCUCUCUCUGCCUCGCUCUCCCUCUCGAUUGCCUGUGGCCGGCUUUGCCCUUUUCUCUUGCACCAGGUAAGACGAUGUCCGACCCGACUGGCGGGCCGCCCUCUUUCCUGGAAAAGGCGCGGACCUUGGUGAACAGCUUCGUCGACAACAUCCUCCUGCUGGAGCCAUACAACCCGGACCAUGUGCCGACCGAUGCCGAUCGAUACAAGCUUGUCACCUGGGAGUCCGUGCGCGCUGCCUACCGGCGGCUUCACCGGGAUGGGCACUUUCUCGAUUCGUCCUCCACGUUGUUUGGCAAGUUUGUCGACUGGGGCUACCUCGCCAUGACCACGCCGUAUGUGGUCCUGGCGGCGACCGUGUAUUUGGUGUACUUCCGCCGGGUGAGCUCGUUUUCGAACUUCCGGCGAGCCUCCUCGCACCUGGGCGGUGCCGGAGGAACAUCCAUCGGGGAUGUCCUGGCCCCGGGCACCGCGGCAUGGCGGAUGAUGCAUGCGGCGGCUCUGCGCGAUGCGCACGAAACCGCGCAGCUGGUCCGCGAUUACGGUCGAAAUGGGCACCUGGCGGAGUUUGUGCGCUCGGCGGCCCGGCGGCAUGGGCGCGAUCCGGCAUCCGUGCGUGGGGCCCCUGCCGCGGUGGCUCUCUCGCUGGAGCGCUCGGCGGCCGAAGAGAGCCGUCUGGCUGCGGAGGCCCAGCUGCCGGCCGCCUGGCGGCGGGUCAUUUCCUCACCCGAUCGCGUGGUCCCGCUGGCAGGGACCUUCGAGUCGGGCCUCGUGCAGCAUGCGGACACAUUGGCCUUUGUCAGCCUCGGGAGUCGAAUCUUGCCGCGGUACGCUCCCAGUGCCGCGGCCAGGGGGGAGACCGAGGCCGGCACCGAGGCCGGCACCGGGACCGGAUCCGGGGCAGCCUUCUCGCCCGGGCUGAACCUGGCGCUGGACCCGCGCCAGUGCACGGCCACCGACGCGGCCCGGAUCACGGACUUCCCGGUGGCCGACACUUCCAGCGAGCCCUGGCCGGUGCAGCCCACGAUCACCAACGACCCGCAUGAUCUCCCCUCGCGUGUGGGCCCCGGGGCCCAGUACCUCUGGGCCGAGAGCCCGGCGGCCGAGCUGCUGUUUGCCGAACGCCAUGCGGACAUCGCGGCCCUCGGGGUCAAGCCACCGGCGGUGAUGCUGGCUCUGGGCCUGCAGCAUGGUCGCAUCCCCGGGCUCAAGGUGCCGGCCGCUUCCACCGCGGACAAUGUCUUCCCCCUGCACAUCCCGGACGAGGCGGACUUCACCAUGACCACCUCGGAGCUGGUGUACCUGCGGUGGGGCCUGCGGGCGCCGUUCGUGCGCAAGGAGAAGUGAUCACGUGUCAAAUAUGAUAGAUUCUCGAAGA